AUGGCUUUCCACACACGCUCUAACAGCUUCCCUUCAAGGCCACACCCGAUCGUUCAAGAAGUUGAUGAACAUUUGUGUAGACUGAGGUCGUCUGAGGCUGCCUCCACAUCUUCAUCAUCAAUAUGCCACAAACUAAGUGGCCUCCAAGACUUGCAUGAUUGUGUUGAUAAGUUGCUUCAGUUGCCUCUCACACAGCAAGCCUUGGCCAAAGAGCAGAAUGAGAAAUGGACUAAUGAGCUAUUAGAUGGCUCUCUCAGGCUCUUGGAUGUUUGCAGCGGCGCCAAGGAUGCUAUCUUCCAAACCAAGGAAUGCGUACAGGAUCUUCAAUCGAUCAUACAAAGAACACGAGGAGGUGAAUCUGGAUCACUCACCAGUGAGGUUAGGAAAUACUUAACCUCUAGGAAGAUGGUGAAAAAGACAAUCCAAAAGGCUAUGAAGAAUCUCAAGGGAAUCGAAAACAGAUCCACCUUCUCUUCCCCAAACCAGGACAACGAGUCUAUUGCCAUUGUUAACAAGUUGAGAGAAGUUGAAGCAGUCACUCUUGCAGUGUUUGAGUCAUUGCUGUCCUUCAUCUCUGGACCAAAAUCACAGCCAAGCAGCUGGUCAUUGGUCUCCAAGAUGAAGAAACAGAAGCCAAUGAAUUUGCACAAGUGGAUGCUGCAUUGA